CGUGGCCUAAUUGAAUAACAAUGCGCGUCUUCAGAAAGUAGGAAGGGAAGAUUUUAUCCAAUGACAACUACCUAAUUUAACAUGCAUGCCAUGUUUUCAAUGUAGGAUUUCAUUCACUUGCGAUCUGGCACUGUAAACAAACGCAUGUUAGCAUGAAGGAAAGAGGAAGAGAUGACGAAUUAUCAGUUUGGGAGGAGACUAAUAUAGCUAGCAAAAUUAGCUUUCCACUAGCUAGCACAGCCACAAAGUUCAAAUUGGCUAUAUCGUAAAAAAUAUCGAAAACAUAAUUGAUGUUAAUGUAAGGUUAGGCAUAAGGUUAUCACUGUCGUUAAGGUUAGGUUUAACAUCUAAUUUUAAGUAGACAAAUUGUAGAAAUAGGUGGUGUUUAUGACUUUGUGGCUGUAGUAACGACCGUUUGACGGGGAUUCAAAUCAAAAAAUGUCUUGGAGACAGAUAUUCCACACCAGCUGCUUGGUGCUUCUGGUACAGCUGCUCUGUCUGGAGGCAGUGCCCAUCAGUCUGGACAAGACCAAGGUGAACCAGCCGGAGGACAAAGCCUCAGAGCCAUCACCAAGUGUGGACACUGGACUCCACUAUGACCGUUAUCUCAGGGAAGUCAUUGAUUUUCUGGAAAAAGACCAGCAUUUCAGAGAGAAGCUCCAUAACACAGAUAUGGAGGACAUCAAGAUGGGGAAGCUGGCCAAAGAGCUGGACUUUGUCAGCCACCAUGUAAGGACACAACUGGAUGAGCUAAAAAGGCAGGAGGUUAGCCGGCUACGGACACUGAUCAAAGCCAAGCAAGACAUCGAAGGAGGGAACGAUAUGGCAGUAGACCACCAAGCUCUGCUGAAGCAGUUUGAGUACCUGAACCACAUGAAUCCUCACACCUUUGAAGUGGUGGAUCUGGACAGACUCAUCAAAUCAGCCACAAACGAUCUGGAGAACUAUGACAAGGAGCGCCAUGAGGAGUUCAAGAAGUACGAGAUGACGAAAGACCAUGAGCGAAGGGAACACCUCAAGACUCUAGACGAUGGAGGGAGGAAGAAGGAGGAAGAACAUUACGAGGAGAUGAAGAAGAAACAUGCAGACCAUCCCAAAGUCAACCAUCCAGGCAGCCAGAAUCAGUUCAAAGAGGUGUGGGAGGAAGCAGAUGGUCUUGACCCUGAAGAUUUUGACCCCAAGACCUUUUUCAAGCUGCAUGAUUCCAAUGGAGAUGGCUUCUUCGAUGAGCAGGAAUUGGAGGCAUUGUUUACCAAGGAGCUGGAGAAGAUCUAUGAUCCUACCAAUGAAGAGGACGAUAUGGUGGAGAUGGAGGAGGAGCGCCUGCGUAUGAGAGAGCACGUCAUGAGCGAGGUGGACACCAACAAAGACCGACUGGUCUCCUUAGAAGAGUUCCUGAUUGCCACAAAGAAAAAGGAAUUCCUGGAACCAGAUAGUUGGGAGACCUUAGAGCAGAACCAGGCCUACACAGAUGAGGAGAUGAGGGAGUUUGAGGAGCACCUGACCCAGCAGGAAGAGGACCUCAACCAGAAAGCAUCAGACCUCCAGAAACAGAGGGAUGAGUUGGAGAGGCAACAGGAACAGCUCAACUCACAGAAAGUAGAGCUUCAGCAGGCAGUAGAACACAUGGAACGGUUGAAAACCCAGAAAGUUGAGCCCCCUCCAGAGGUUCAUGUAGAAGGGAAUGCUAUCCCAGAGCCACGAGGAGAGUACCAUCCUUUGCCCCCAGGCCACCAAGAUAUGUCCCAAAACCACCCGGGUAUGAAGCAAGACAACCACUUCCAGAACCAAAUACCUCACAACACCCAGGAUUUGUCCCAACCACGACUCCAGGAUCUGCCCCCAGGCCAUCAGGCAGAGCCAUAGGGCCAACAUGACUUACCAUGUCAUGUUGCCAUAGGCCCCCAUCAGAACCAGCCCACUCAACCCCAGCUGUCAGAUGAAACUAUAAACACCUCUGGCUCCAUGGCCCCCCACCCACAGACCUUUGCACACUGGACUGGAGGUAUAUAAGUACUGUGGAGGUCCCUCCAUAUGGGCAUGUGUGGCCCUUUAUCCUGAAAGAGUUAACUGAAAAACAGCUGGAGAACACAGGAGGCGUUUACAGUAUCUCUGCCCACUUGUGGAUAUCAAUUUGAGCCUCCCAGGCCUAGAAAUGUUUUAUAAUUUUGCAGUCAGGGAAUUUGUAUUAUAGAGUGCAUAUAUGGUAUGUGAUGUAUGUAUUGGUCAUAAUUGAUCAUUACUUAAAAUGCAGAGCUUUGGUGGAAUUGUUUUGGUAGUGUCAAUGUAUUUUGGAACAUAAUUUUUAAUUAGUGCUGUGUGAUAUCAUGACAAUUAGGCCUAAUAAUUGUCUGGUCACUCCAGCUGAAUAAUGAUAAUGUUGUGAAAUGUAUGGAUUCCUGAAAAGGUGACAUUUCAAAAGGCACUGAAAAUGGCAUUGGGAGCAUUAUGAACAGUAAAGACGACUGUCAUGCAACAGAAUAGAAAAUAAAUAUACUUUAUUUUUUUGUA